AUGCGUGUUCCGAGUUUCGAAAUCAUCGGUUUAUUGAACGACCCCUCCUUAUUGACCGCUGCGACAUGCAUCCGCGAGAGUCUCAAGGAUGCAUGUCGCAGCAUAGCCUUCCUGCGAACACUGCAAUUGGAGUACCAACCGCAAACUCUUCAAACACAACUGUUACACCACGCUGACAAGCUGAAUGAGAAUGUCAGCAGUGAUGCAAUCACUGCAACAGGAAUCAAUAAGAAAUGGAGUGCAAAGAAUGAGUUGGACAAAUCUGGUUCAAAAGGUGUAUGGGACACGACAGCAACAACGCCACUUUCCCGCGCAGCCUGGGAACGUUGGACAGCCAGUUCCCGAGCUCCCACAGUGGGUAGAUCCAGUGCUUCGUCUCGAUAUACAACUAAAACAGUGGACCGAGGCUCCUCGAACGAGUGGAUAGGUGGAUCGAUGGGUGAGGAUAAAGGUCAGACCGAUUGGUGGACUAGAGCAGAAUCACGAAGGCCUGAGGGACCCAAUGAAAUCUGGUGGAAGGACUCUGCACAAGCUGAGACGAAGGGCAUUCGCGCGUUUGGAGUAAUGGAGAACUUGCAAGGGCACGAUGUAGCAUACCAAGCAGGAGUGAACACCGAGUGGAGUACAAGCGAUAUCGGCGAGGUUAGCGGUUCAAGCUCGACCUGGGAUGGAUUAGACUCAGAGAUAGCGUCCUCUGCGCUUGGUCAGUGGUCGAGGAGCUCUCGGGUACCUCAGUCUGGGGAAUCUUCUUCCUCUCACCUUUCCAAGGCGGAUGCAAGCUCAGGAAACUUCGUAACAUGGACGGCCGCAGCAUCGGUGCAAGAGACAGGCGACUCGCGCUCUUGGCAUACAGGAGAGUCUGAAGGAGGAGCGGAUACCACUCUCGCAGCCAGAAAUGAGUUUUGGUGGACACAAGACGACCUGGCCUCGGGUGGUGCUUCGGAUCUCUGGGAUAGAAAUCAAUCGGAUGAGCUAUCUGGAGUCUCUGAUGCACUUCAAAGUCGAGGCAAGACACUAUCCGGAACGGGAUCGAACACAGAAUGGAGUGCUAGCAAUACCGUUGAAGAUUCCGGUUCGAAUUCCGUCUGGGAUGGAACAGCAGCGGGAAUAUCAUCGGCAGCUCUCGGACAAUGGGAGAAAAGUUCGGAAAUACCCCAAUCUGGAGAAUCUGUCCUACUUCACAGCUCCGUAGGAGAGACAAGAUCGGGAUCAUCUGCAACUUGGACAACUUCAUCAUCGGUUCAAGACGGAGGGCAUACGCACGUUUGGAGGACUGGAAAUCUCGAUAAUCACGAGGAAGCCCCGGCAGCUGUGAGGAAUGAGUGGUGGUGGAGAGCCACGGAGCAGGCCGUGGGAGGAGCGGCUGAUGUAUGGCAUCGAGAUGGGACGGAUACCUUUUCCGGAAGCUCUAUUACACUUCAGCAAGGGCACGAUGCAGCACACGAAGCAGGAGUGAACACCAAGUGGAGUACAAGCGAUAUCGGCGAGGCUAGCGGUUUAGGCUCGGCCUGGGAUGGAACAGCCUCGGAAGUAGCGUCCUCUGCGCUUGGUCAGUGGUCGAGGAGUUCUCGGGUACCUCAGUCUGGGGAAUUUUCUUCCUCUCACAAUUCCAUGGCGGAUACAAGCACAGGAGACUUCGCAAUAUGGACGACCGCGGCAUCGGUGCAAGACACAGGCGACUCGCGCUCUUGGCAUACAGGAGAGUCUGAAGGAGAAGCGUAUCCCACUCUCGCAACCAGAAAUGAGUUUUGGUGGACGCAAGGCGACCAUCCCUCUAGUGGCGCUUCGGAUGUUUGGGAUAGAGAUCAAUCCGAUGCGCUAUCUGGAGUCUCUGAUGCACUUCAGAGUGAACGUAGGACAUUGCCUGCGUCCGGAUCGAACGCGGAGUGGAGUGAUAUUAACACCGUUGGAGCCUCUGGUUUAAGUUCCGUCUGGGCUGAAACAACAGCAGGGAUAGCAACUAUGGCGCUCGGACGAUGGGCGGGGAACUCUGAAAUAUCACAAUAUGGGAAAGACGUUUCGCGUCAUGAUUCUGAGACGCACUUUAAGUCAGGGUCGUCUGCAGCUUGGACAGCCACAACAUCGGUACGAGACAUAGGUGAGUCGCGCUCGUGGACCGCUGGAGAGUCCCCAGGUUCGAGGGGCGAAGUGACGUAUGAAGCCGCAAGCGCUCGCGGUGAGUCGUGGUGGACGGCUGUACAUCAAUCACUUGGUGAAGCGCGAGAUUCGUGGCAUCGUCCCAGCACUAUGAUAUACGCUGGCCACUCCCGUGCACUGGGCCCUGUCAAGGUGACUUCAAUUCCGUCGGCUCCUUCCUCGACAUUCUCAACUACCGAGGCCACCACGACUUCUACUACGACAGAGAGUCUCGAGGAGGGCUGGGUCGAUGAAUUGUCCUCUUCAAGUACUACGACAUCUACUACAUCGACUACUACUGAAGGAGCGAUCACCUCCUCAACAAUGACAACUAGUCUGUCUUCCUCUCCAACUCCGACUACCGACUUUGCCGCGACUUCUACUACGACAGAGAGCCUCGAGAAGGACUGGCUCAAUGAACUGUCCUCUUCUAGUACUACGGCAUCGACGACUACUGCACGAACGACCGCGUCCUCAACAAUUACAACUACUACAGUUACCACAUCGACCACUACUGAGGAAGCGAUCACGUCGUCAACAAUGACAACUACUCUAUUGUCCUCUACAACUCCGAGUGCUGAUGCUACCGCGACUUCUCCUAUGACGCAGAGUCUCGGAGAAGAUUUGCUUAAUGAAUUGCCCUCCUCUAGUACUACCACAACUACUACAUCGACCACCACUGAAGAAGCGACCACGUCCACAACAGUGACAAUUACUUUGUCGUCCCCUGCAACGCCGACUACCGACUCCGCCGCGACCUCUACUACGACAGAGAGUCUCGAGGAGGGCUGGGUCGAUGAACUAUCCUCUUCAAGUGCUACGACAUCUACUGCAUCGACCACUACUGAGGAAGCGAUCACGUCCUCAAAGUACUACGACAUCUACUACAUCGACUACUACUGGAGGAGCGAUCACCUCCUCAACAAUGACAACUAG